AUGAAGCUUAGGGAUAUUGUCUCUGUACUUGUCGCUGUCUUUGUUCACUUUGCCAGCAGCACGCCUACCACCUCAACUCGAAUUCUUCUCGUCCACGGUGCACUUGCUGACGGGUCAUCCUGGUCGAAAGUCAUUCCCUAUCUCCAGGACGCUGGGCAUUCAGUUACCGCCGUUCAAGAGCCACUCACCAGCAUUGAUGACGAUGUCAAUGUGGUUAGAACUGCGUUAGAGACGCUAAAUAACGCCAGCUCUGACCCAAUUGUCGUUGUUGGCCAUUCGUUUGGAGGUCUCGUCAUCACAAACGCUGUUACCGACACUCCUAAUGUCAAAGCACUGGUUUACGUCCAAGCGUUUGCUCCAGACAAGGGCGAAACAGUCACCGGCUUAGCUCAUAAUUUCCCUGAGCUACCAUCGGCCAAACAAUUCGUUCCUGAUGCCUCUGGUCGACUUGUACUCCCAGAGGAUGAUUACCUUGAGUUCUUCGCUCCUGAUGUGAAUCAUCGCGAUGCUAGAGCCUUAGCGGCUACCCAAGGCCCGUCAGAUGCCGCACGCUUUAAGUUUGUCUCUGGAAAUCCGUCGUGGAAGCAAAUUACAAACCUCUAUUAUAUCGUCGGUGAAAAUGACCAGAUAAUUCACCCUGAGCUGGAGGCUUGGUUUGCACAGCGAAUGGGAGCGAAGACGUACACACUGAAGGGUGCUAGUCAUGCUGGAUUAAUCAGUCAGGGCGAGAACGUGGCUCAUAUUGUCCUAGAGGCAGCGGGGAGCUAG